CUGUACUCGGAAGUACGGUACGUGUAUGCGCGCAUCUAGUUUGUAUUUCUUUGUAGUAAUGUAUAUCAACAGUUCUUGAGUAUAAUUUAAAGAGAAAAUAGUUUGUUUUUGAAAAGCAUUAAGUGUGAUAAGUCGCAGAAUAUUUUAUUUAUUUAUAUGAUAUUUAUUGUUCAUAUAAUACGAUGAAUAAUAAUUCCUGGAUUUGUGUACUACUUUAGUGAUCUAAAAAAGGGCGAGCCAUCUGUGUUGAGUAAAGAAAUGUGAUAUAUGUAUAUAGUUUAACGAAAUAUUCAUGAAAAUCUAUAAUAUUUUAUUGGCAAUGUCUAAUGGAAUUUAACGCGUUGCUAUAUCUUUUAUUUAUUAUAUUAAAUGUAUAAAACAAUAAUAUAACUUUUAACACACGAAAUGUCCAUACAAAGAAGAUUGUGUUUUAUCAACAAGUUAUAUUAAUGAAAAUAUUUAUCAAAGUCAAAGUUUCUAUAACAAAAUGAAUAAAAGUCACAUGGAUAAAAAAUUAAACCAGCUACCAACUUGGUUGUGGGCUAAUUCCGCCACUUUACCACCGAUAUAUAAAAUUGUAUGGGAAGCAGUAAGAGAAGAUAGAAUUAAAUCUAACGGGUUGCAGACUGAAGUUUUAGUCGACACUAAUAAAGUUUUUCCUUUAUUACUUACAAGCCAACUCUCAAUGGAAAUUCUAGGUCAUAUAUGGAAUUUGGCUAAUCAAAAAUAUGCCGGACAACUUACAGAACAAGAACUUUAUAUCGUACUUGCUCUUGUUGCUGCUGCACAAGCAUCUUAUACUUUUAAUAGUUUAGAUAUAUUACAUUUACUUCCAUUUCCGCCAAUUCCAUAUUUAAAUAUAGAAUGUGUAUUAAAUGUGCAAUCUGCAAUAUAUGUUAAUGCUUCAUCAAAAUAUCCAGUUAAUAAAAAAGAAGAAUCUAAUAAUAAGUGCAUGAAUUUUGAAGAAAAGUAUACGUCUGAAGUUAAAGGAAAAAUAACUAAAACUGGCCAAUUAACAUUUGAUUCCAAUUUACCGGUGUCAAAUGUAUUAGAUAAGACACCUUAUUUAGACAAUGAGACAUGUUCCGCUUUAAUGAUAAGUUCUAAUUCAAAUACAUGUUCCAGAGAUUAUUCCAAAUAUAUUAAAAUUCGUUCAGAAAUAAAAAGUAAUACAUGUACAUUAGAUAAUAAUGAUGAUUUUUCUGAAUUUCAAAGUGCUCCUAUUGUCAAUAAUAUACCUAGCAUGUCGAAUUGGGAUAUGAAGCAAGGCUCUGCAAUUGGAAGUAGACUUGCAAAUCAUAACUUGGGUGUUAAAAAACCAGUUGAAAAACUUAAAAGGAAUAAUACAAAUUCUAAAACUAUGAACUUUCAUAUGCAAACGCAUGCUUCUUUAUCAUCUUUAAAUCCUGUCUCUCAAAAUUUACCGUUAGAACGUUUAUCAGAAUUAUUUCCUAAAUGUGCGAUAAAAAAUCAGUCAAAAACUGUAAUAUUAAAAGAUACUAUUAUACGAAAUAAUGAUUUAUCAAAGGACGAUGGAGAAACUACGAGAGAUCUUAAAACUAAUAUAUUGGAGAAUGUACAAUUACCUGGUAAUAAACCUAUAAUGUGUAAAUUAGAAUCUACUGAUAAGGCUGGUAUUAAAGAGGUAAAAUCUGAUCAACGAGAUUUAAUGAAUUUACAAUCUACUGAAGAUAAAUAUAGUGCAUUACGUGCAUUAGUAAAUGAAACAUCUGUAUCGAACAAAACAAACUCUGUUGACAAUAUUGCAUCAAAUGAUGAAUUUGGAGAAUUUGUUUCCGCUGAACAAACAAUCAUUGAUGCUAAUUCUAUUUUGGAUAAUUCCAAUCCUGAAUGUUUCAAAGAUACAAUAACAGGCUUUGAAUCUAAGUCUUUUAACAACAGUGAUGAUAAUAAUACAACAGGUAUUGACAUUAUACAGGAUAUUUCUCAAUCUUUGAACAAUGUUAAAUUUGGAGACAAUGUUGAAGAGCAAAGAAUUAAUGAAAAAUUUGAAUCUAAGAUUGAACCAGGUAAACUUAUUCAAAUGGAGGAUGCUAUAUCUCUUAAUAGUAUAGAAUUGAUGAAUGGAAUAUCUGAUCGAACAAUAACAAGAUCAGGUUCUGUACCUAGUUUAGAUCUGAAAUCCUUUUUACCUACAAAUUCAGAAGAAGAUCAAGUAGUACAAAUAACACAGCAGACAGUUUAUUGGGAAUGGAAACAAUAUAUGGAAAGUUGUAUAUCGUUAUUACAAAUUGCAGCUAAUAUAUUUACUAAUAUAACAUCCGAAGUUAUACUAAAUGAAGUAUUAAAUUCUGCACAAGGAUAUAACUUUCUUUGCAAUUUAGCUGAAGUUGCAGCAGUUUGUAGACGAGUCAAUUUUUCAUAUAAGGAAAUGGAUAUAAAUAUUAUUGGAUUUGAUGACCUUCUUAUGGAUAUCGAUAGAAUUUGGGCAGAAAUGGAACCUUUUUAUGCUAAUAUACCAAUCGUAACAGAACUACCAACUUGGCCUUUGCAUCAAGGAGAGUGCAUUUCUUGUGCACUCUGUUUAACUGUCAUUACUAGCGACAAAGUAAUUUAUAACGAAAAUAAUUAUCACGUAACCUGUGCAAAUUUGUGGCUCAACUGUGUAAACAAUCAAUUGCCUGCGAUACAAUAUCCCACAUUCUAUUCCUUUACAAAUAUAUGUUCAACCAAUAAUCACAUUUGACACUAACUUAAAUAAAGUUAUAUUUCGAGUUA